AUGGCCGGAUCGCAGUUAAAGCAAUUAAAGGCUGCAUUAAAGGCUAAUGGUUUAAUUGGGCAAACCAAUAUUAAGAAGAAAAAUAAAAAAUCGAAAACCCCAUCAGAGACAAGAAGAAACGACAAACAUGAAAUCUUAAGUAAUAUCAGAAAAGAUUUCAACUUGUUUGACGGUAAAGUUAACAGAACCAAGCGUGAUGUUACUAUGAUUCAAGGAGGGAAGUUCGUUAAAGUUGGAUCAAAGCAACAUAGUGACGCUACCAGAGCGAAGUCGGACGUUGAAAACUCGAUGAAACUUCAAUACGAGUUAGAUAAAAAGCAACAUGGAAAGACAGGGGGAUUGGUCGAUAGAAGAUUUGGUGAAAAUAAUCGUAAUUUGACGGCCGAGGAAAAAAUGUUGGAAAGAUUCACCAGAGAAAGACAGGGAACAAACAAAAAGAAGAUUAACUUUGCAUUAGGAAGUGAUGACGAGCAAGAUGAUGAUGACAAUGAUGGCUUUGUAUUGACACAUUCAGGAAAAUCUUUAUCUCUUGACAAUGAUUUAGAUGACAGCAAAUCGAAUACCAAGUAUUACGACGAGGACUCUUUAAUGCCAGAAGAGGCUCAACCAAAGAGAAAAUCUAAGCAAGAAGUAAUGAAAGAAGUUAUAGCCAAAUCCAAAUUCUACAAGCAUCAAAGGCAAAUGGAAUUUCAAAAAGCUCAAGAUGAAAUUAUGAAUUUGGACGAUGAAUUUGGUGAUAUUAUGACUGAAUUCAACAACAACCCAGCGAAAAAAUCGCCAGCAUUUUCUAAUAAAACUCCGGAAGAAAUCGAGUAUGAUAAUAAAGUUAGGGAGUUAACUUAUGAUAGACGUUCUGUUCCAGCAGAUAGAACCAAAACAGCUGACGAAUUACAAAAGGAACAUGACACCAGAUUGCAAAAAUUAGAAGCUGACAGAUUACGCAGAAUGAAUGGAGACUAUGAUGAUAGAGAAGCAGAGGCAGAUGAUUUGGAUGGAUUCUGGAAUGGCAGUGAAGAUGAAGAAGAGGGAUUUGCUGUUGAUAACACCGACGAGGAAGAAGGGAGUUCUAGUGGCAAUGAAGAUGAUAUGGAUCAAUCUAAACCAUCUGGAAGGACUUUAAAAAAGACGAUUAUUCAAAUGCCAAGCACAUAUGAAGAUUUUAUCGCUUCAUUGUCUACGGUUGAUGAAUCAAAGCAUUGUAAUUACAUCAAGAAGGUGAUUGAAACCUACCAACCAAGGCUCGCAGAGGGAAACAAGGAAAGAAUGAAUGUAUUUGUUGGUAUUUUAUUCAAACAUAUUUUGCAUUUGGCUAAUGCACCAAAUCCACCAGCAGAAAAUAUUAAUGAAACAAUGAAAAUUUUGAAAAAACUAAGUGAAAGUUAUAACGAGAAAUUAGUAGAAGCCAUUAGAGUUGAAAUUAAUGAUAUCCAAGAAAGAAUCUUUAAUUUACAAAUAAGGGAUUUAGUAUACUUUGUGAUGGUAGGCUAUUUAUUUUCAACAUCCGAUCAUUAUCAUUUAGUAGUUACCCCAACACUUAUAUUAAUGAAUGAAAGUAUAUCAAGUAUUCCAUAUGAUAAGAAAACCACAAUAAGUCAAAUUGGUCAAGGUUUAUUUAUCGUUGAUAUUUUAUUGAAUUAUCAAGCCUUUUCCAAAAGAUUUACUCCAGAAAUUGUAUGCUUUUUGGAAAAGGCUGCAUUGUUAUUGAUCCCAGAACCAGAAAAGUUAACAAAUCAAAGCUUAUCCAUUAACAAAAUUAUCAAAUCCGAUACAAACUUGAGAACAAAAGGUAUCAAGCCAACUGAAGAUUUUAUUAAAGUAUCUGAAUUAUUUGGCAACGAUAGUCAGAUAUUAAAAUUGAAAUUAACCAAUAAACUAAUUGAUGUAUUCGCUAGAAUUCUAAGCAUCUGGAGAGAUAAUGAGGUUAUGAUUGAGAUUCUUUCAUCAUUUUCAACCUUGGCUAAUCAUUUAGCUAUUUACUAUAAUUCACCUAAGCUCAAUCAAUUGAUUGAAAAAAUGAGCAAAAUUCAAAAUAACUUAAUCAAGGAAAGAAAACCAUUGGCCUUACAACAUCACAAGGCUAUUUCUAUCGCUACAUUUGCUCCUAAAUUCGAAGAAAAUUUCAAUCCAGAUAAGAAAUCAUACGAUGUAAAUAGAGAAAGACAAGAAUUGAAUAAAAUUAAGAACCAAAUUAAGAAAGAAAGAAAAUCUACACUUAAAGAUAUUAGAAAAGAAUCUAAAUUCACAGCAAGACAACAAAUUGCUGAUAAGAAAGACAAAUACGAUGAAUACCACAAGAAGAUGGCCAACAUUGUCAAUUCUAUCUCAACUAUCGAAGGUGCUGAAAAGAAUACAUACGAACGUGAAAAGCAAAGAAGAAAAAAUAAAUAA